GAGGUGAACCUGCCAUCCCUUUUAUUGAGUUUAUUCCUCGCAUAUUUCCCCUGCACUCGUGCGUUUUGAAUGCUACAAUCGUGCGGAAGCAGCGUGGAGACUCGGUGGCAUGACUGGACGCGAACACAGUCCGCCGUCUGACAAAGUAGUGCGCCGACCGGGUUGGGAACGACGCACCGGCGGAGAGUAGACCGAGUGGUUGAAGGUAGCGCGGUCCUGCCCCCUUCCAAUGACCACCCUUCAGUGCUAGCGAGACACGCUUCGCUGGCGACACCGCGACCAUGGGAGGCUACCAUGAGUCUACAUAAGUAGUAUUGCCGCUGAGCCCCCCUCCCCUCCGUAGAAUAACAGUUACAACAUGCCCGACCGGUGGUGCUCCAUGAGGCUCUCCUUUGCCUGAUAUCAGCGUUACAGGCCUGCUUUUUCCAUCUGGAAAUUUCUUGGCAGGGGAAAGCAGGCCGGCUAGCACUGCUAGCGUUCGCCUUUUCCGCGCUGCGACUCUGGGGCUCGACAGUGCAGGUUUUGUCCAUGCCCACGCUCGUGACGCUAUCGACUAUCAAUUUUGGGACUUUUUUUUAAACUCCCAAGAAGUGUUUUAUGGGAUUGUUAUCGGCGAGCAAGACGCAGGCCUAAGCCAAGAUGGUGAACUGGAGGCGGCUGCUGCGAAUGUCCAACCGCUCGUUCCUGGCCUUCAUAUUCUUCUUCUCCAUGUCCACCACUUGUCUCUACUUCAUCUAUGUGGCUCCUGGAAUAGCCAACACAUACUUCUUCAUGGUGCAGGCUCAGGGCAUCAUGUUGAGGGACAAUGUGAGGACAAUCGGCCAGAUGAUUCGAUUGUACACCAACAAGAACAGUACGCUCAAUGGGACGGACUAUCCUGACGGCAGUAACUCCAGCGAAUACCUGGUGCAGCCAACCACGUACCUCCCGGAGAACUUCACCUACGCCGAGAACCUCCCCUGCCCAGAGCGAUUACCUUCUAUGAAGGGCCUUAUGGACGUGAACAUGACGGAGAUCCCUAUGGAGGAGAUAGAGCUGAAGUUCUCCAAAUUUUAUGACAUUGACUUCGGAGGUCAUUGGAAACCAAAGGACUGCAGCCCUCGCUGGAAGGUGGCCAUCCUGAUCCCAUUUAGAAACCGCCAUGAACAUCUGCCCAUCCUCUUCCAACACCUCAUCCCUAUGCUGCAGAGACAGCGGCUGCAGUUUGCCUUCUACGUCAUCGAACAGAGUGGAAGCCAGCCCUUCAACAGAGCCAUGCUGUUCAACGUGGGGUUCCGGGAGGCCAUGAAGGAUCUGGACUGGGACUGCUUGAUCUUCCAUGAUGUGGACCACAUCCCAGAGAACGACCGGAACUACUACGGCUGCGGUCAGAUGCCGCGCCACUUCGCCGCCAAACUGGACAAAUACAUGUACAUUCUUCCAUACAGCGAGUUCUUCGGUGGUGUGAGCGGACUGACUGUGGAGCAGUUCCGCAUGAUCAAUGGCUUUCCCAAUGCAUUCUGGGGCUGGGGAGGAGAGGAUGAUGACUUGUGGAAUAGGUUUCACUAUGCUGGUCUGAAUGUCACGCGACCAGAGGGAGAGAUCGGCAAGUACAAGUCAAUUCCUCACCACCACAGAGGAGAGGUGCAGUUCCUCGGGAGGUAUAAACUGCUGAGGUACUCCAAAGAGCGGCAACACUUGGACGGCCUCAACAACCUCAAGUACAGCCCGCACUCGUCCCUCAGCAGCCUCUACAAGAACAUCACGGUGGACCUGAGCCCUGAGCUCUCCCCCAUCGCAGACUACUGACUGCCCUUCUCCACACACCCCCGCUCCCCUCCGGCCUGGCCUCCCCGGGUGGAGGAGAGGAGAGUGGGGGUGGGUGGGUGGUGCACAGAGGGAGGGGGGA